AUGGGUCGUGUCCGAACGAAGACCGUCAAGAAGUCGGCCAAGGUCAUUGUCGAGCGCUACUACCCCAAACUCACCCUCGACUUCGAGACGAACAAGAGAAUAUGUGAUGAGAUUGCUCUGAUUGCCAGCAAGAGGCUACGGAACAAGAUCGCCGGCUACACCACCCACUUGAUGAAGCGCAUCCAGCGUGGCCCGGUUCGCGGCAUAUCCUUCAAGCUUCAAGAAGAGGAGCGUGAGAGGAAGGAUCAAUACGUCCCCGAGAUUUCCGCCCUGGACUUUACGCAGAACGAGAGCGGCAUGUUGGAUGUGGACCAGGAGACCAAGGACAUGCUCAAGUCGAUGGGCUUCGACAGCAUUCCCGUCAACGUCGUCGCUGUGCAGCAACAACAGGUGGCCGAGCGCCCUCGCCGUUUCGGCGACAGGCCUCCUCGCACUUAA